AAUGGCGUCUAAGUGAUUAAUAUUAUUAUUUUUAUUUUAUUAUUUUUUUUAUUAGUAGAUUGGUCGAAAAUCUUAAAACUAACUAAUUUAAUUGAGUCGCACUCUCGUUAUUGUUAUUUAUCUUUUAAUUUAAUACGUUAAUCAGUAGUGAUUAAUUAAUAAUGACAUCAAAAAUCGCGUUGUCCGUAGUGUGCAUCAUCCGGUUCGGAAUAAUAACAGCUAGCUCGGGUAAUUUUCAUAUUAAUUUAUGUAAUUGACUGUAGGUAUUAGUUGCCCAUAAAUAAAUUUCCAUAGUAGUAGUGUUUUAUUCCUAUUAAGGACAUUAACCAGUCCGUUUUAACUGAUAGACAAAUUUAAUUUCCUGCGACCGUAUAAGUUUCCUGUUGGGUAUAAUAGGUACUUAACGUUGGCCAAAUUUGUAUUGAAAGUUAAUAUUCGUGUACUUUUUCUGUUAUCAUUAUGUGUAUUCUACCUAAUUAUUAUUAUUGCUAUGUUAUUUGCCUUUAUCCGUUUAAAAAUGUUGGCCGUAUUAUUUAAUUUUUAAAUUAAUCAUUUAAUGCUUAAUGAAUUUAGUUUUAUUUUUUUUUCCUGCAAAUUUUAUUGGAUGAAAAUUCCAGGUUUGUCAAUCUUGUAUUUGUUUGUUUGUUUAAUUCAACUUAUAUAAUAUAAUGCAUUCAAAAUUAAUAUUGAAUACAAAGCAAAAGGUAUCUUUUUAUACAUAUAAUAUUUCAUUGGCAUUUAUAUUACUUAUCUAUCUAUACCUACAGGUAGUAAUGCAUAUAUUUUAUUAACACCUUAUUUACCUUAUAUUUGGAAUAAUGUAACUUAUUUGAAUUUGUUAUAUGCUCUGAAUCAAACCAAUUUAAUCUAGGAUAUUAUAUUAUAAUAAAAUAGUUUGAUGAUAAUAAUGAUUACUAAAUUUAUUUUUUUUUGACAUACGAUAAACUACAUUUUGUUUUUCAAUUCUAUUAUCUAUCCAAUGUAAUAAUAAUUGUGUUUUAUCAAAUUAAUUUAGUAACUACAAUAAAAGUUUUUAAAUAAGUCUAGUUAGUGCUUGAUAGAUUUUUAAACACAUAUCUAAAAUCUAAAUUUACUUAAAUUUUGGAACGUAUUAAAGUCAAAGAAAUAUCUUAUUGUUACCUAUUGAAUAUUUAUAAAUUCUAGACACUUCUUCCAAAUUUUACCUAUUUCAUAGUUACCAUAUAAUUAACCAUUAAAAUCCUUUAUUUUUCACAGUAUUAAUUAUUUAGUUUCAUUCAAUUUUAUUGUUUGUUUCUGCCUUGAUUUAAUAAUAUACUAUUUAUUUUAAUGUGUAUUUUGUAAUAGUAGGUACUAUGCAAAAAAAUCCAAUUAUUUACUGAAGCAUGUACCUAUCUCAUAUUUAUUAAUAUAAAUUCUUAUUGAAAAUGAUUAUUGAUAUGUACUUAAAUAAUUGUUUAAAUAAAUAAUAAUUUAUCAAUUGUUUCAACAUUUUUAUUAUUCAUUGUCAUAUAUAUGCUAUUUACAUUUUAAUUACCCAUGAUAGUAAUACAUUUGAUUAUGUGAAGUGAAAAAAAACCAUCAAGUUUUUUCAAAUUAAUUAAUAAAAACUAAUUAUAAUUUUAGACUAAUAAUAAAUAAUUACUUUUAAUGUGAGUAUACUACAAUUUGAGAUAAGAUUAUAAAAACAUUAAAAACUAAUAGAUGAACAAAAAUAAUAAUAUGUAUUUUAAAAAUCAAAAUAUUUUAAUCUGGUUAAUUAUUAGUUAAUGUGUUAUUAUAAUAUCAAUAACAUAAUUGUUUUGGAUUAUAUUGAAAAUAUGUUGCCUUAAGUAAAUGAAUUUAUUAAAAGUCUUUUAUUAUGUCCAUUAAAUGCGUAUAUAUUUCAUACUCUUGAAUAAAUAAACAAUAUUUUAUAUUACCUACCUACCAUUUUCAAAUAAAUAUCCUAUACUAAUUAGAUAUUUCUCUUGAAUUAUUGAAUAUUAGUAUUGUUUUUUGUGAAGGACAGACAUGGGAAGUUGAUUCAAAUAUUUAGAACAUUUUUAGUAGUAAAAUGUGUAUAUUUUAUUAAAGAUUUACUACUUUCACUUUUAAUAAAUAUGAUAGGUUCAAUUUUGUAAGCAAAUACCUACUUAUAAAAUGUUUUUUUUUACAAUUAUGAAUGCAUAACAUUUUAUUUAAUAAUUUGUAUGUGUAGUAAAAGUUAAAAGAAACUGUUAAUUCUUUAUUUAACUUCAUUAUGUAUAUCUUACAUUUUUACUGUUGAAUAUUUUAUCAUUGUGUUUUGUAUUUUAUCUACAAACAUACUAAACGUGUUAAGUAGCCUAGUCUAUAUUUACAUAGUACUUAAAUAUAUCACAUUAAUUUCAAUGAAAUAGGUUAGAUGAGUGUAUACCUAAAUAGUAUUACUAAUCUUUAUUUAUUUUUGGUUUAUAAAUAUUAUUUUAAUAUAACAACAAAGACAAUACUCUAUUGUUUUAUAUGUUUAAUUGCUACAAAGUCCUCAAUUAUUACAAUAUAUUAUUGUAUUUUAUAUAUUAUACUUAUUUUAUAUUUUACUUUUUUAUUAUUUUUCAGGUGCAAUUUUUUAAUUUUAUUAAUACAAUUUGUAAACAUAAAAUCUAAUAUGGUUUUAAAAAGUAAGCAAUAUUAAGAACCCGAAUGAACAAUGGGUUCAACCCAAGGGGAAAUUAGAGUUGGGCCAUCUCAUCAGGUUACAUAUAUUUUUUUUUUUCUAAUUUAUAAAGUUUUGACUAAGUAAAUAUUAUUUUAUUUAUUUAUAAAUACAUAGGCUAGAUUACCAGAUUAUCGAACAUCUAGUAAUGGUUCAAAUGGAGUAAUUGGCGAGGACAGAGAAGAAGCUCGUUGGGUAUCAGGUACAGUGAGAGAUCGUGAUUUAUUAGUUUAUUUACGUGCAGCUCGUUCUAUGGCAGCAUAUGCUGGUAUGUGUGAUGGUGGAUCAGCCGAUGAAGGCUGUAUUGCUGCAUCACGUGAUGAUACGACAAUUAAUGCUUUUCACAUUGUAAGCAAAAACAAUAUAAGCAUUUCAAGUGCUUUAUAUUAGUAUAUCAAAUAUAUUUUUUUAUUUAAAUUUUUUUUCAGGUUUUAUAUUCAUUUUUAAAAAAAAUAAUUAUGUUUUCUGUAUUUUUAUCAAUAGCUGAGUAUAUUUUUAUUUAAAUAAUUUUUAGUUACACGAUUCUGGCUAUGAUCCAGGAAAAGCUUUACAAGCACUAGUUAAAUGUCCGAUGCCUAAAGGAAUUGAUAAAAAAUGGUCUGAAGAGGAAACUGUAAUUAAAAUUAUUAAACAUUUUGCUAAAUGAUAGUGACUAUUAAUUUAUUAUUUUAGAAAAAAUUUGUGAAAGGAUUAAGGCAGUAUGGGAAGAAUUUUCAUAGGAUCAGAAAAGAUCUACUGCCACAUAAGGAUACUGUAAGUAUACUAAUUAAACUGUUUUAUCUAAAAUAAUAGAUUAAAUUAUUUUAUUUUAGCCGGAAUUAGUUGAGUAUUAUUAUUUAUGGAAAAAGACACCAGGUGCAAAUAAUAAUAGACCUCACAGAAGAAGAAGACAAGGAUCAUUAAGACGUAUUAGAACUACUAGAGCUACAAGACCAUCAAGUGCUCAAAAGGAUGAAACUAGUAAUUUCCAUAUUACCUUUAUUCAUAUAAAUUUAAUAAUUAUAAUUUUGAAAUGAUUUUCUUCUAAUUAGAACAAGAAUAUUUUCUAUUUCAUAAGAAUCAAUAAUUUGCAUUGGUUUUUGUUUGUAUAUAUUUUAAGUAUGAGAAAUAUCAUUAAUUCAUUCAUUACACUUAAUAUGUUUUAAAAAUACAUGUACUAUUUAUAUUUAAAAGGCUUGUAUCAUGUGUUCACUCACUAAUUUGUUUUAGGUACAGGUUCACGUCCUUCGCCAAUUUCAAAAGAACCAGGUUAAUAAUAAUUACAAAAUUUAGUUUUCUUAAAUUGUGUUAAUUAUCUUUUCUUAUGAUAAUAGGUGAUGGAAGUUCUGGUGUCAGUGAAGAUGAUGGUGGAAAUACUGAAGAUGACUCUGAUUCUAGAGAUAAUACAACUCUUUUUCGAUGUCAUCAUUGCUUUGCAACAAGUAUGUAAAAAUAAUUGUUAUUUAAUAUAUAACAUAAUUUUCACUUUUCUGUGUUACAAUUUUAUUUUAUUGCAUCAUCAAAAGCUAUUGUUAACAAAAAUUAUGAAGGGUUUGUGGGGAAUCCAUUAGUUAAACUAAUUAUUUAUCAAUCAUCCUUUAUUUAUUUAUUUUUUAGAUGACAAUCUUCUUAUUUAUCCAGAUCCUACAAUAUUUUUCUAAUUUGAAUUGAACAUAUAUCAGUAUGUGUAACGUGUUUAGAUAAUAUUUGUAUAACUUCUGAUAAGUAUAUUUUUUAAUCGACAGUACCAUUUAUUAAUAUAUUUUAUCACUUUUGGAUUACUGAGAAAAACGAUAGAUUUAACAAUAUUUCUAUAGUUUUACGUAUUACAAUUUUAUUUUAUAAUUUGAAACACGACAAUCAUAUUAUAAACUGUUAGUGUUUAGGUUUGUUGGAAUAAAAACUUAUUUAGAAAGGUAAUAUGUAUUGUAUGUGUUUAACUAUAAUUUAUUUUUGAUUAUUAUAGGUACUAGGGAUUGGCAAAAUGCAUCUAUAGGACCUAAGCAAGGCAAUUUAUUAUGUUUUGAAUGUCGUAGCUAUAAUAAAAAAUAUGGAGAAUUACCACCUCAAUCAACACCUCAAUCGCCAGCUGAAUGUCCUAGCCCAGCUACUUCUGAUGUUACAGUUGCAGCUGAAUCGCCUAGUAGAAUGCGUACACGAAAUAAAUCAAAAGAGACGGUACUUAUAUUGUUAUAUAUAUUUAUUAUACAUUUUUAUAAUUGAAAAGUAAUUACUUAACAGUAAUUAACAGUGUUCAAUUUUUUAUUUUUUAUUUUUUUCCAUGUUUUUUUCUCUCUCUCUUUAGCCUACAAAAAGUACGCAGAGUAGAUCUAAACGUAGUAGAGCUAACACACCAGAAAUUAUUACAGAUAAUGAAAAAAAAGAUAUGUCAGUAGCAUCACCUUCAACUGAUAAAUCUAAAUCUAAGGUAUAUAAACUGCUUAUUAAAUAAAUGUCCAGUUUUUAAUUAUUUUAGUUAACCUCAUUUGUACAGGGAAAUUUGAGUGAUACACCAAAGAAGCGAUCCUUAGAUACUGAUGGUGAAGAAGAAAGUCCUUUAAAGCGCGAGUCAAACAUUUCUGAAAGCACUAGUUCAGACGGAUAUUCUGGUAAUGAUGAUGAAGCUCAAAUUGCUACUGUAGCAUCAAGUGAAUCUAUAAAUCAAGAAACUGAAGCAUCAGACAUAAUGCACACAGAAACACAACCAGAAUCUGAAUUUAAUUCUGAUAUUAUUCCUAAAGAAGAACCUAUUACUUCAGAACCAAAUACUGAAUCUCAGUCUGAAGAUAUGACAGUAAUUUCUGCUGAAAUUGUUAACAGUGAAAAUGUUAUAGUUAAAAAUGAAAUCAAUGAUGAGCCUAUGCAUGUUGAUGCUCCAGAAGAAUCUCAGCAGUCUAUUAAUUCAACUGAUGAAGUUGAAAAAGAAUCUUUAGAGAAGAUAUCAUCAUUCCCAAUGCAGAAUUCACAAUUUGCCACUGAAAAUACUACACCAUUAGAUGCUGAUGUUGAAAUAAAAGAAGAAUUUACUACUACUACUACUUCUGAAGAAGUUUCUCAAACACAAAUUGAACAACCUAUUCAAGAAGAAUGCAUGACUUCACCAAUAGCAUUAACUUCUUACUCACCUAGGCGAUCCGAAGUGACUAAACCACCCACUCCCAAUCAAUCCCAAAUACAUGUGCAAACUUAUCAAAACUCAUUUAAUGAACAAGAAAGAGUUGGAGAUAAAUCAACAUUGAAUGUACCUUCUGUUCCUGCACCUGCAACACAACAAUCUUUUGUUACUCCUUUUUAUCCAUACAAUAAUCAAAUUUCAGACAAAAUGCACGCUCCUGUAUACGAAACACAAUUGGAACCACAAAAUUUAAAAAUAAAGCAAGAAAUAUCAGACCCAUUACAAUCAUUAAAAGAAGUCAAAGUACCUGGUUACAAUGGCCCAGGUGCUGUUUCUCAGCCAUUACAGGCAACUAGUGCUGCUAUUACAGUUAAUACAGACUUAGCUAAUAUGAAUAUGUCUGUUGAAACUAUUAAAAAAGAACCAGAACUAAAAUCUCCUUUGCAAGUUAAAACACAUAUUCAAACUUCAACAGCACCAUUAUUUGCUCCUCCAUCAUCUAUUCCUCAACCUGUAAUGCAUCCUUCACAACAAAUUUCUCCAUUGAGUAGAAUAUCUCCAGCCAAUGGAGUGCCACCACAUCAUCCAUUUGCUGCCAUGCAUCCACACCAUCCUUUAUUACAUCCACACUCAUUAUUUGCUGUUGCUGCAGCUGCUCAUGCAGUACUCCAUAAUCCAUAUCAUCCUCAUGCUCAUCCUGCAUAUGCAAGUUAUCCACCAUAUGGGUUUCCUUAUGCACCUUAUCCUAUACCACCACCAAGUAAACGAGGUCCUGAUGAAACUACAACAAUGACGGCUCAUCAUCAUCAUUCAGUUAGUACCAGUAGUCGUUUAGAUGAAGAGAUAACGCAUCAUUCCAGCUCAACUUCAGUUCAACAUCUCUCAAGCUCAACAGAUAAACAUACUUUAUCUCAUUCAACUACUUCGUCCUCCCAGUUAGUUCAACAUAAAUUAAAAAGAGGAAACAGCCCUCAGUCAGGCUCAAGCCAUAUAUCAGCAACGUUAUCACAUACUACGUCUUCAUCAUUGUCUACUCAUGGUGGUGCUGGUAAUACAGGGAAUGGUAGUCACACACAUCACCAUCAGCAUACCCAUCAUCAUCAACAUGCAUCUUCAUCUGUACAUGGUAAAUAAUUAUAUUUAACAAAUGAACCUGAAUAUUUUUAAUAUUUAUACAAAUAUUUAGGAUCAAGUCGAAAUUUGCCUCCUCAACCAAAUGCUAUUAAAAGUAUACCACAUCAUACACCGUUAUCUCUGGAAGCUUUGAGAGCUCAUACAGCAAUGCAUGGUAAAAAUGAAGUUGAUGUUUUACCUUUAAAUUUGCAAACUACUAUAAAUUUAUUUUUAAUCUUAAAUAUUAUAAUAAUAAUUUAUUGAUUAAUUCUCCAAUAAGUAGUAUUUAUUUGUUAUAAUAUAAAAUAAUGCAUAUUAAAAUACUUCUUAAAUUUUAAUUUUGACUAAAUGAAAAUAUCAUUUAGUUAUUAAAAUUAUCUCGUUUAAUAAUAACAGGUUACAUGGGAGCUAUGGAGUUGGCAUCAGGUAUGCCAUCUGGAAUGGAAAUGAUUAAACCAGAUCAAAUGAUGAGUCAAAGCACUGAUGAUGGUAAUAAUGAAGAAGAAAGUUCACCAAGUCCAAACUUACAUAUACCACAUGGUCCUUCACCUGAACCAAAAAUUGAAGACAGUGAAUGUCAUCGUAGUCAAAGUGCAAUGUAUUUUUCCUGCAUAGUUACAAAAUUACAAUGAUUUAAAUACAUUUAAUUAAAUAUUUAACUUAGAUUUUUGAGACAUUGGAACAGAGGGGAUUAUAAUUCUUGUUGUCGUACUGAUUUAACAUUCAAACCAGUUCCCGAGUCUAAACUCAGUAGAAAGCGUGAAGAACGAACUAGGCGACAGGCUGAAAAGGAACGGGAUGAACGAGACAAAUCUCAUUCAGUAAUUAUAAUUUAUUUUUAUAAUUACACCUUGUAAUACUUCUAUCUAAUUAAAAAAAUUUUAGCGAAAAAAUUCUAACAAUGAUAAACAUAUGCAAGCAAGUAAUGAACAAGUUGCUAAGCCACCUUCUCGGGGUAGCAUUGAUGCACUUCAAUCCCCAUAUGAUAGAGUUAACAGUUAUCAGCAUAGAGGAACACCGGCAAAUGCUCCAAUGUAUCCAGAUACUCCUGCAUUAAGACAAUUGAGGUAAUUAUAUCAAACCAGUUAUAUAUAUUGUUUAAGAAUUCGUAUUUUUGUAUAAUAUAUAAUACAAUGACAUUUAAAAAUUAAAAUAAGACAUAAUAAUUAACAAUCGUUGGUUUUAGUUAGAAUUGACAUUUAUUAUUUAUUUUUAAUUUAGUGAAUAUGCUAGACCACAUGCUGGUUUUUCUCCAGUAUCAUUACAACGCUCAGCGCCUGGUUUAGGUUUGCCACCUCAUUGUAUUGAUCCGAUGUUACAUUAUCAAUUUAAUAUGUAUCCACGUGACAGGUAUGUUCAAUAAAGAAUAAUUUAACAGUAUUUAGUUCAAUGUUCUUUUUUUAGAUUUGAGUACGAACAGAUGGAACGAGAGAAACGAGAAAGAGAAUUGAGAGAACUACGAGAAAAAGAAUUGAAUGAUCGCCUUAAAGAUGAAUUUUUAAAGUCUGGGUCAUCUGGUCCUCCCAGAAUUGAUCCACAUUGGAUUGAACUUCAACGUCGCUAUGGAGGAACACCUGGUAUGCAUCCAUUUUUGUAUCCAUCACCUGGAGCUCCUAGUCAGCCUUCUACUCCUAGCAAUAUGAAUCCAUUAGAACGAGAGCGUAUGGAUAGACUUGGUAACAUAAAUAUUUUCUUAAAAUUUUAAUUUUGAAAUUUAACUUUUAAUUGAUAAGGCGGUUAUACAGGCGGUGGGCCAAAUGGAAAUCCAAAUCAAAAUAAUUCAAGUGGUCCUCCUGGACCAUCUGCUGAGGAAGCAAAUCGUUUAGCAUUAGCAACAGAUCCUAUGGUCAGAUUACAGUUGGCUGGCAUUUCACCUGAAUAUCAUGCACAUACUCAUGCACAUUCUCAUACUCAUCUUCAUUUGCAUCAAGGACAGCAAGCUGCUGCCGCUGCUGCUGCUGCAGCUGCAGCUGCUGAUAGUUCGGCUUCUACAUCUUCGCCUUCAGUAUUCCCAUUAGGUUGUAAGUUAAAAUAAAUUGUUUGUAAGUUAUUGUAUUAGAGUCCUGUAGUCCAUAAAUUAUAACUACAGUUUUCAAUAAUAAUUAAAAUAGUGUAAUAAAGAUACAUAAACUUAUUUAUCAUAUAAAUUUUAAAACAGUUUUGAGAGUAAACUAACAUUGGACAUUAUAUUUAUUUUUAUUUUUAUUUUUAUCAAGUUACACCCUGUUAAUUAUAAACUAAAUUUUAGCAAAACUUUUUGUUUUAGAGGUAUUAGUAGUAUAUUAAUAAAUAUAAAAUAUGAUAAAACAGUGUACAUGCAUUUAUUUAAAGUUAAAUUUAUAUUUUUACUUAAUAUAAAUUAAUUCAAGUUUAAUAGUCCUUUUGUUUUAUUAUUAUGAUUAUUAUUCUGAUAUUCAUGGUUAUAAGUUCUUAGGUUAAUUACAUAAUAAUUUGAAAUAAAUUUUAAUAAAAUAUUGGAACUGUACACAAUAAUGUAAGUUAUAUAAUGUCUAAAUUUCUGUUUUUAUAUCAACAAUAUUUUACAUUAUUAGGUUGAGCAUUUUUAAACAAUUUAUAUUUAUAUUAUUUUGUUUUUGUUCAAAUUUUGUUAUUAUUUGUAAAAUUAAAUAUGACCUAAAUUAUUAAUUAAAUUUGUUAUAUACUAAUAUAUUUAUUUUUUAUUAAUUUUAGCCGCUGGUCCUGGAGGUUAUCCUCGUCCAAACCUUUUACCUGGUCGUGAUCCUACAUUAGGACUUCAUCAUCCAAGUGAUGUUUUAGCUCGACCAUUUGCUGAUCAAGUAAGUCUAUGUUAAUAAACACUGUUUACAUUUUAGAUAUUGAGUUUUCACCCUGUUUGGUUGUCCGGAAAAAAAAAAUUGUUUGCUCCGCCACCAUUAUUGAUUUAUUGUAAUGAUAAAAUGGUAUUUAAUAUUAUAUGAACUAUUAUUUACUUAUGAAGUAUGAGAAACCAUACGGUACUGGUACAAUUUACUUUAAUCAUUUAAUUCCAAAAAAAAUGACUUGGAAUCUAUAAUUAUUAAAUGCAAUGUCGUAGUUCCAUUUUUGUUCACUGUAGUCUUUAUUGAAAGAUUAGGUAUUAUAUUAUUGUUAAAAUAUUAUUUGUUAUUAUUUUUAUUAAUUAAAAUAGAAAUACAUUAUAUAAUAAUAAUAAUAAUAAUGUUUUUAUAUUUUCUAAAUAUAAUGACAAUCGUGGUGUUAUUACAAACCAGUAUCAAAAUUUAGUUUAAAUAUGACUUAGUCCUACAGAACUAAUAGGUUUAUGUACUUAACUGGGUAUAUCUAAAAUAACGUAAAAAUAUUUCAUGUGUUAUCUUUUUAUAUGUUGAAAACAGUGCAAACUUCGUUAUUGCUGUCGACAAGUAAACCAAUCUUAUUAUGCUUAUAAUUAAUAAAUUAUGUGGACUAAUUAAUAUAUAAAAAAUAUCAUACUUAUGAUGAUAGUUAAACAUUUAAUCUUUUCUCCCUUUCAUGUGUUAUAUAUUUGUCAAGCAUAGACAAUUUAAACAUAAAAUUUUUGAAGAAAAUAUAAUUUAAUCCUAUUAUUAUUCUAAAUAUUAUUGAUUUUAAAUUAUGUUAUUAAUAUGAUUACCCUAUAAAAAUACAAUUCAAAUAACAAGUAUCAUUGAUAACUUAUAGUAUAUGUGUGUUUGUUUAAAAUUUGAUAUUUUAUUUACUAUCUUUAUUUUUAAAAAAUAGGUUGCACAUGAACAUUUUCAAAGGCAAAUGAUGAUGGAACGUGAUCGUUUUCCACAUCCAGCUUUAAUGGCUCAUGAAGAAUUUAUUAGGUAUGUCUAAAUAAGUAAAUAUUAGGGGUAUACUGUAAGUAUUGUAGGCAUUUUAUUUUAUUUCUUGGUUUAACUUUUGUAUGUAAACUUAUUUAUUGCAUGUUAUUAAGCAUACAUAUACAGUUAGUUAUACAGAGAAUUUUAUUUACAAGUUAAAAUACAAAUAAUUAUAUAUAUAUUAUGGUCACCACCUAAAAUCUUAAAAUAGAAUAGAUUUGCACUAAUUAACAAUGCUUGACAGUUUUUACAUUAAACUGUAAUAAUUAUCAAAAAAAAAAAAAAACCAUUGCAUUUUUAUACAAUAAGACUUAGCGUGUAUUGAAAGUAUAGUUAUUUAUGUUAUGUAUACUAUAUUGAAUAAUAUUUUAGGCAACAACAACAAAGAGAACGAGAGAUGAAGGUCCGUGCACUCGAAGAAGCUGCACGAGGAAGACCAUAACUUGUUUCAAAUUUGUUAAUAAAUACACAUAAAAAUUGAUUCAUUUAAAUGAAUUAUGUAAAAGAAAAAAAAAUGACUAAAACUAGAAGGGUAAUUAAUGUAAGUACAUUAAAUAUAAUGUGACAAUUAAGAGUGGUUUUUAUAAAAAAAAAAAAAAAAAAUAGCAUAUGAAUAAUUCAAUUUUAAGGUUGUAAUAAACAAAAUAUAGUUUUUGUUUUUCAAAAGUUAAGAGUGAAAAUGUUUUUGUUUAUUAUUAUAUUUUUUCUAUUAAAUUACUAUUUUAAUUAAUGCUAUUCAUCACAAAUUGAUAUGGCAUAUAAUAAUUUAACAAAGUUAUAAUUUAGUAACUAUAUAUUAUAAUUAUUUAUUGUACAUUAGUUAUAAAAUGUAAAGACAUUUUCUUAUAAUAGUUAAUAAUUUUAAUGUUAUCUAUUGAAUACAUAUUAAAUUUUAUUUAUACAAAUUUACAGAUUUAAAAAAUAAUGCACCAAAUAAAAUUUUAAUUUACAAUACAAUUAAUAAUUUUUUUUUUUUUUUUUUUAUCUAAAAUUUGUGCAUGGUUUUUACUUAUAAUCAUUUAAAAUUAAGAUAUGUUUGUAUUAACCUUUAAUCAGUUGCACGGGAUUGUUAGUCCAUCUUAAUAUGGGUUUUAUUCAAGAUGUCCCAAAAUAACACAUCCAUCUAAUAUUCUGUAUUGCUGUUAUUUGCAUGUUGAUUUAACUUAAUCGGUGAAUCAAAGCUUAUUUUAUUGAAUUAGUAAGCUCAAAUUGUUCGCCAAAUUCAGAAUAAAUGAAAAUAAUAAACCGCGCAACCGAUUGAAGUUAAACUAUUUAGGUUAUUUUAUAUUAAUUAAGAAUAGACUGAUAAGUACUUAAUAUAAAUUAAUUAGAAACUAUAAAUAAGUGCAAGUACAUUUUUGUAUUUGCUGCACCCUUAUCAACAUCAAUCCGUCGCACUAAUAAGGAUAUGUAAAAAAAAAAAAUAAUAAUAGAAAUGCUUCAUAUCCAUGAAAAUUGUUUGAACAAUUUAUAUUAAUGUUUUUUGUCAGUUUCCAUUAAAAUGCCUUUUUAGAAGACAACAUUUUAUUAUGUUUUACUGUUUUAAAUUAUCUAUAUCUUAAUUUUGAAUAAUUUGUGAAUUUAUUAAAGGACUGAACUGUUGGCAAUAAUUGAAGCAUUUUAUUACUCGAAAGGAUUUUUUUAUUUUCUAUGUCUUUGAACUUGAAAGUUAUUAUGAGUUGUUUUAAUUAUUAAUUUUCCAAAUAAAUUUUAAAAUCCAUUACAAUCUUUUAUCAAAUUGUUAAUUAUUAUAUUCUUUGAUUUAUUUCUUUUCUCAUGUAGUUACAUAACAUUUUAUUGACAACAAUAUAACAAGUCUAUUAUAAUAUAAUAUAACUUUGAUUAUUAUUAUUAAGUAUAAAAUAGAAAUGUUUACCAAAUAUAUAUAUAUUGUAUGGUGCUAAGUAGUAUAACAAAAGAAAUUAAUUUGUCUUUUAAUCCUUUAUUGGUUUAAAUGAAUCGUAUUUAACUGGGCGUAUAGUGUUUUUAUAAAUAAAUACUAUUUGCAAUAAUCUGUCUUUAAUAAUUAUUAUAUUUAUGAUUAAUAUAUAAGCAAUAAUUCAUAAUUAUUUUUAUGUCCAGCUAUAAUUUUUAAAAUUUAAUAUCUAUUUCUUAUUCUUUGGAGAUAACCAUUUAAUUUAAUUGUUACAAUGAAUUAACAAAAAAAAAAAACAUAACAGUUUCGAUUUGUUAUAAUAAUACUGUGUUCCUCUUUGGUUUAUUUUAGUUUGUGCUUUUUAUUGCCACAUAAAAAAAAAAAAAAAAUGUAUAUAAUAAUAAUGUAUGGAAUAUAUUUUUUAUUUAAAUACAAGUGUUGUACAUACACAUAGCUUUAACUAUAUUACUCGCUUAAUUUUUAAGUUCUAAAAAGUAUAUAUAAAACAAAUUUUUACAAAGUAUAUGAUAAUAAAUAAAAACAUUUUGGUGAGAUAAAUAUUUUAUUUUGCUUUCUGUGUGUCAUUCUCAGGUAUUAAUUAUUAUUUGUCAAACAAAAUAUGCAUACGUCGUAAGUACGGCUCUCUGGCUCAAUAUCUCCUAAAUAAAUAUUUGUAUGUAACUAUAUUAUUUAUACCAAUGGGUACCAUAUUUUGUGCAUAAGUUUUUAUGAACUUGUUCAUAAACUAGAUUUUUAUUUUGUAUAAACCUGAACGUUAUUUGUUUUUUUCUCGUCCGCUGGCAAGUUAAGUUUCAUAAUAGAUCUUAGUUGUUUCUUACUAUUAUUUUUAAUAUUUUAUUUACACAUUGGAGAAGAAAAUUUGAAAUUUUAUUUUCUGGGUGUAGUAAAAACGAAAUAACAAAUGAUUAUAAUGUACUUAUUUUUAUUAAAUUUUAGUUUUUAUCUAAUAUGAAUAGAUAAAACCAAUGUAAGAAUUGGGGUUUAAAAUAUAUAAC